AUGGGCAGCCUUCCGCACGAACAAGCACGACCCUCGAUGGAACCACCACAACCGUCCUUCGUCACUGCCCCCACCGAGGCACACGUCGAAGCCCCUCAGAUUACUGACCGUCGUGAGCAAUUCACACGGCCACAAUUCAUCGACGAGGGUACCGAUCCCCUACCGCCGACACCGCUCGAGAUGCCCGCCCCCGCCCUCAUUCGCCAGGAGACGGCCGAGCCGAUAGGUCCCUCGACCGAUCUACCCACCCCGAUGCCUCAGACACCAGGUUUCGGUACUCCCAGCGGUCCCGUUAUCACUAUAAAUCUGUUGCUCAGCAGCACUGGCACGCGCCACCCUUACCGCAUAGAUCAGAAGUAUCUAGCCAAGCGGAACGUAACAGCCGAGAACGACAAUGGUGAAUUUGACCCAUUCGUCAUCAGCGUAUAUACCCUGAAAGAGUUGAUCUGGCGGGAUUGGAGAGAAGAAUGGGAGCCCAGACCCUCGUCUCCAGCCGCAAUUCGUUUGAUCCACUUCGGUCGCUUCCUGGACGAUAAACUGCCCUUGAAAGACUGUCGAUUUAGCGACUCGGCUCCAAAUGUCGUCCACAUGAGCGUCAAACCCCAAGAAGUCCUCGACGACGAAGAGAAUGCGAAAUCCGCCAAAGGCAAAGGCAGCAGCAGCGGUGGCAGACCCUCUCGCGGCGGCGAUGGCGAAGAACCCACCGCAGGAUGCCGAUGCAUUAUUCUCUGA